UCUACAGAGUGAGUUCCAGGACAGGAACCAAAAGCUUCAGAGAAAUUCUGUCUCGAAAAACAUGAAUGAAUGAAUGAAUGAAUGGAAUGAAUGAAUGAAUGAAUAUUUAAAGCCUGUGUUAAAAUUGUUGGGGGAAAUUGUGUCUGCGCAGGUGUCUCCAGAUCUGCCUUUGUCUUGUUGCCAGUCUCUCAGUGUAGCACGCGUGUCCACAGCAUUUGCACUGUAUCAGCACUGUAACAGUGAUCUAGACUGCAUGUGAGAAUGGACAUAGGUUGCACACAAAGAUCAUGCCAUUUUAUAUAAGGGAUCUGACCAAGUGCAGAUGUUCAUAUCUUGAAGGGUUAUAGACAGAAUUAACAUUGCUGUUAUUAAAAUUGAUGAAAGCAAGUUACAUAAAAAAUUUUAAAAACUACAAAUUAUAUUUCUUUAAAAUAUUUUUUUAGGUGUGUGAGUGUUUUUCCUGAAUGUGUGUGUACUGUGUGUGCAGUGCCCACAGAGGUCAGAAGAGGGCAUCAGAAAGUCUGGAGUCACAGACAGUUGUUGCUGCCCUGUUGGUGCUGGAAACCCAGCCUGGGUCCCUUGUAAGAGCAGCAAGUGUCUGGAACCACUGAACCAUUUCUCCAGCCACCUACAAUUUUAUCGCUCCCCUCGAAAGGAUUGAUUUAAUUUUGGAUGAGAUUAUUCUUGCAUCGAGAUGUUAUUAAGCCAAAAUUUAGACUAAAUGUGUUAAAUGAUCUUGCCAACAAUAUGGAUGAUUUGAAGAUAAACACCGAUAUUCAUGGUGCUAAAGAAGAACUCCAAGGUGACAGCAGUUUUAUCUCAGAGAAAGACAGUGGAGUUCAUAAACCAAAAGACUGUCAGACAUCAUUUCAGAGAAACAACUCAUUGACUCUGUCUGAAGAAUCGUCGGAGGAUAAAUCAGAAAAAGCCUUAAGUGGAGGCCAGUCUGCUUUGUUUAUUCCUGCCGGCGCUCCUGCUGCCCCUAGUGAAAACUUUACCUUGCCUACAGGAGCAAGUAAUGGACCAGUUUCACACUCCUCUGUAACAAAGACUUCCAGUAUGAAUGAAGGUAGUGUCUCUUUAACCACUGGGCAGCCUGUGGAUCAGCCAGCAACAGAAUCUUGUUCAGCUUUGAAGGUGGCAGCUGAUCUUCAGCUGUCUGCACCACAAAAACAAAGUCAGCACCAAGUUGUGUUUUUGUUAUCAGAUGUAGCACAUACUAAGAAUACAGCCCAUUCCAUUAAAAAACUACCUACCUCUGCCUUAGUUGGCUGUGGUGUUCCGAGUUCAGCAGGGAAUAGUGUGAAGUCAGAGGGCACUUUACUAAACCAAGUAGAGGCGGGGGAGGGUAGUGAAGAUGAUUGUGCUGGUGCAUUGGCAGGGAUUUCCUCAGGUACAGAUGGAUUUAGGCCAGAAAAUGAUACAAACUGGGAUCCCCAGAAAGAGUUCAUUCAGUUUCUUAUGACGAAUGAAGAAGCGGUGGAUAAAGCCCCGGUCCAUCCUAAAGUGGCAGGUGUAGAGAAGAGGAGAAAGCGGAAAAUGGACGUGAGCAGAAUCACUCGCUAUACAGAGGACUGUUUCAGUGAUGCGAAUCGGGUACCCCGAAAGUCAAAGAUGCUACAGGUUGACUUUGUAGGGCAAAAUGAGGAGGUACCAGCAACAGACGCACAGAAAUAUGCUUUAUCAAAAGUGAAGUCCGAAUCUGCUGAUGACCUGGAGUCUGUGGACACUUUCCAGCAUCUAGUUUAUAACUCAGAUAAAUGUGGAGAAGAUAGUUCUCCUGUUCACACUCGCACUUUUAUAUCAAAUACCUUGAAAAAGAAAUGUGAAGAGCGUGAUUCUGAGUCACCUGCUACCUUCAGUGCUGAGGAGCCAUCCUUCUACCCCUGUACAAAGUGCAAUGUGAACUUCAGGGAGAAAAAGCACCUCCACAGGCAUAUGAUGUACCACCUAGACGGCAACAGUCACUUCCGCCACCUCAACGUCCCAAGACCGUAUGCUUGUAGAGAAUGUGGACGGACGUUUCGGGACCGCAACUCACUGCUGAAGCAUAUGAUCAUUCACCAGGAGAGGAGACAGAAGCUGAUGGAAGAAAUCCGGGAAUUGAAAGAACUUCAAGAUGAAGGACGAAGCGCACGAUUGCAGUGCCCUCAGUGUGUGUUUGGUACCAAUUGCCCUAAGACGUUCGUGCAGCACGCUAAGACCCAUGAGAAGGACAAAAGGUACUAUUGCUGUGAGGAGUGUAACUUCAUGGCUGUCACCGAGAACGAACUGGAGUGCCAUCGGGGCAUCGCCCACGGAGCUGCAGUGAAAUGUCCUGUCGUCAGUUCAGAUGCAACUCAGAGGAAAACACAAAAAAAGACUUUGAUCAAAGACUCUGUUACAGGUUCAUCCAAAAAACCAGCUACGUACCUAUGUAAAAUGUGCCCCUUCACUACUUCAGCCAGAAGUAUUCUGAAAAAGCACAUGGAGUAUUUGCAUUCCCCGUCAUGUGUUGACUCAUUUGGUAAUCCUCUUGGACUUGACAAAAGAAAAAAUGACGUCCUUGAGGAGUCUGUAGAUCUCGAUUGCACUAAGCCAUUAGUAAGACAACAGUCAGCCACGUUUCCAAAGAACUCUGCUUUAAAACAAGAUGUCAAACGGACAUUUGCAUCAAGCUCACAAUCAAGUCAUUUUUCAAAAUUUCAUAAGCGGCCACACCGAAUACAAAAAGCCCGGAAAAGUAUUGCCCAGUCUGGUGCAAACGCGUGCAAUCCAAACAGCUCUCCCCACAAGGAUGUUACGGUUAAAAGCAGCACUGACCAAAAGCCAAAGUAUCUCCAUCAAGUAGCAAAAGAAAAGUCUAAUGCCAAGGCAAACAGUUAUUUAUAUAGACACAAGUAUGAAAACCACAGGAUGAUCAAAAAGUCAGGUGAAUCAUACCCACUUCCUUUCAAAAAAGAGGUUAAUUCAUUAAACUCUUUACAUCUGUUUUCAUCAUCAAAUAAUUCUCAUAAUUUUAUUUCAGACCCUCAUUGCCCAGAUACCAAAAGACCAGAUCACAAGCGUGUGGCUGUCAAAAGAGUAGUUAAGGCUUCCAGGAAGGAAAGUUCUGGUGGAGAAGACUUGGAUAGCUAUCCUGACUUUCUGCAUAAAAUGACUGUUGUUGUUUUGCAAAAGCUUAAUUCUGCUGAAAAGAAAGACAGUUACGAGACAGAAGAUGACAGCUCCUGGGAUAAUGUUGAGUUAGGGGACUACACUACACAGGCUGUGGAAGAAGAAACCUACAGUGGUCUUAGUCAAGAACAUGUAAACUUACUGCCUCUAUUUAAAAGCAAGAUGGAAAGCCAAGGUCCUGAGGACAGUGCUGCCCUCAGUUACAAUCAGGACGAGGGCUUUUAUUUUGAGUAUUAUGAAGACGGUGGCACUGACAGCUUUUUGCCUGAGAUACAUGACCCUCAGCCUUUGGAAAAUGCAGAAACACCUUUGUCAAAGCAUGGCUCCGUUUUUCACUGGACUGAUCUGUCCCUUGAGAAGAAGUCGUGUCCUUACUGCCCAGCCACAUUUGAAACAGGUGUUGGGCUGUCAAAUCACGUCCGAGGGCAUCUCCAUAGAGCAGGAUUAAGCUACGAAGCCCGUCAUGUCGUCUCGCCAGAACAAAUAGCCACAAGCGACAAAAUGCAGCAUUUCAAAAGAGCUGGCGCAGGGACGCCUGUGAAGCGUGUUAGAAAAGCUGUAGAGAAGGCUGAGACUACUUCUGAACACACUUGUCAGCUCUGUGGUGGUUGGUUUGACACAAAGAUUGGGUUAUCAAAUCAUGUCAGAGGCCAUCUGAAAAGACUUGGGAAAACUAAGUGGGAUGCUCACAAGUCUCCAAUCUGUGUUCUGAAUGAGAUGAUGCAGAACGAAGAGAAAUACGAAAAGAUUUUAAAGGCCCUGAACAAUCGCCGCAUCAUCCCCAGACCGUUUGUAGCUCAGACACUCACGUCAGGUGACGACUUCCUGUCUCAGGAUGUUUUACCUCUCGAUGAAUACCGUAACGGCCUAAAGACAGAGGCUCUGUCAGUGUCUGCUUCAGAGGAAGAACGCCUGAGUUUCCUAAACGAAUGUGACGAAACAAAACCCGAACUGCCCAGUGGAAGAAAGAACCAGUCUCUUACACUGAUAGAACUUCUUAGAAACAAAAGGAUGGGGGACGAAAGGAAUUCUGCACUUUCUCCUCAGAAGAUUCAUAACCAGACGGCAAGGAAGAGAUUUGUUCAGAAAUGUGUUCUUCCACUAAACGACGACAGUCCGUUGAUGUAUCAACCACAAAAAAUGGACUUGACUGUGCACUCAGGUGUGCCUGUGAAGCUUAGGACAUGUGUGCAUUGCAAUACGACGUCUACAAGUGCUGUUAGCCUGUCCAGCCACUUCCACGCUUGUGCACGAAGGAAGAGUGCUGCCCUUGUGACGGGCACAGCCUUAGAUUGUAAACAAAAGAAGUCCAGGUCAAGAUCUGGAAGCAAGAAGAAGAUGCUGACAUUGCCUCAUGGUGCUGACGAGGUCUACAUUCUCCGAUGCAGGUUUUGUGGCCUAGUCUUUCGGGGACCAUUGUCUGUUCAGGAAGACUGGAUCAAGCACUUACAACGACACAUUGUAAACGCUAAUAUUCCACGGACUGGAGCUGGCAUGGUGGAAGUCACGUCACUACUUAAAAAGCCUGCCUCCAUUACAGAAGCCUCGUUCUCUUUACUGAUGGCAGAAGCAGCUUCAUAGAACCAGGAGUCCUUUUCAAUAGCAAAUUUAAUUGGAUGUAAAUUUAAAUUUUUUUUUUUUGUAAGCCACAUCCAUUUAUAAAUGCUAAAGUAGGAACAGUGGGGGACAUGAAUACAGGACAUCAGAGCAUCUGAGUACUUGAGACAGUGAGUAGCCUAUAUAUAUAUUUUAUAUAGGGUGGAAUAAUGUGUUUUUAAGGGUUACUGAGUUUCGUUGGCUGAGUUUACUCAAAGAUCUUACAUUUGAGAGCCAUUUGUAAAGUGUUGCACAUGAAUUUACAGACAGACUUACUGACAGUUACGUUCUCUGCAGUGUUACCAGAAUCAAGACUGUUUUUUCCCCACACUUAUAUAGAAAACUAAGAUAUUAUAUUUUGUUGGUAUGUAUUUAGUGUUUUGUAUAAUACCAGGAACUGCUAACUAAAUUUACUCAACUUAGGGCAUUAAAUAUCAUGUACUUCAUAGUUUGAGACUGUUCACCCGGAUAGGGCAGAGAACUAUCUGUCUGGAUGUGUAAGUGUUUUUUUUAAAUCACAUGGAAUGGUUUUUGUUUUUGUUUUUUUUUUAUACUAAAAAGUUGGAGGGAGAUUUGUCUAAACAAGUAUUUCUAAAAGAACUAUGUACAUAGUCCUGGAAAUUCCCUGCAGUGAGGAAGCUGUCUUCCUCCAGUCGCAUUUCUCAGACAAUGAAGUGGUGCGUCCAUGCUACCUCCUACUUUGUCAACAAAGAUGCUAUUACCCUUUCCAUCUUUGUAUCAUAGUAGAUUUUACAAAUCCAAUGUUCUUUAUUGCAAGACAUACUUUUGUUAACAGACUUGUUUCUUUGUAAUGUUUUACGUACAGUUUGACAUGCUUACAGGACAGGGUUGUCUCUUUAUUUAACAUUGUAGAAAUGUAAUUAAUAAACAAGGCUCACUACACAAUUUAGAAUAGACUUUCUCAUUUAUAUUAUCUUCCAAAUUUGAUCAGUUAGCAAAACUAUUAAUACACAAAAUAUUUCUACAUAUGAUGAGAAUGUUUACAAUUUCAAUCUUAGAGCUUGUUUUGGAUGUGAUUAUAUGUAUGAAAAUUGUGUAACACUAUGCUCAUGCUAAGGACCGACAUGGAAUACUGAAAUAAAUGUGCUGUGAGGAGUGGAGAAACCGUGCAGGUGUCUUGGUCGUGAUGACUCGCAAACCCUUCCACAAGCAGCUUUGUUCCUGUGUUCGAGAAUUAGCAAUCCUUCGUGUGCAAGCACCCAUUCCGCAAUAUUUCAUGUAGUUACUAAUAUCGGUCAACCAAGGAUAUGGAUAUGCAUUGAUACUUUUCUUCAUUUGUAAAGAACGUUAAAACAGUUCCAACAAUGGGGUAGAGUAUAUACAUACAUCACCGCCAGUGAAAUGACUUUCUAUGGUAUAUCUCCUUACC